AUGGCAGAUACCAACAAUCUGUUGCGCUUCCUGACAGCAGAGGCAAAGCUUCCUCUGGCUGCCGCUAUUGCCCAAGCCGCAGGUCUACAGAAGGCCAAUUUGUUCACUAUCGAAGACCUUGCCAAAACCGAUAUUGACACCAUCAAGGCUGCUUCCGCUACCGAAAAAGCUGCCAAAGCUACCUUGGCUGCUGCGAAACGUGUUUCAAUCAAGCGAAAAAGAGGUUUGCCCGAGAUAUCCACUUCAACAUCUGCCAAACGAGCGAGAGUUGACCCUGUUGAGAUCAAAUCUCCUGCUGAUGUGGAAGCGUCCUUGGCUCUACCCAUAUCUGCCCUCGCCGAAAAUGACCUUGCUACUAUCAUUUUGACAACAAACCGUGCUCCAUUGCUUCUCACUUUCGCUGCCACCUUGAUCAAAUAUACUAUGCCUGAACAGCCUCCUUCAUCACGCCUUAGUUUGGCCCAGGCUAUAACGUCUCUGAAUGCUCAAGCCAAAGCUGCCAACAUUGGAUUGAGUAACUCUUCUUCCGCCGAGAAGGAGGGCUGGGGCCAGGGUCAGUCUGUAGUCAGAGUGAUGACUCGGGAUGUUCGUGUUUUGAAGCGCUGGGGCUACGAAUGGAAGCCUGACAAUCAUACUUUUGCGAUUAAAAGUGAAGACCAAGCUGUCAUCAAGACCGAGGACAAGGAAGAGAAGCCUUCUCCUGAGAGUCUUCAUCAUCGAAUGCCGUCCGAAGAUUCACCUGCACUCCUCGCUCUUGACCUCGAACAGCUCAAACGCUCAGAUGCUCCACCUAUCGUCACAACAUCGGCAAGCACAAAAAGCCUUCCAGUCUAUCACCCAGAUUCUGCACGUAGCUACAUCUUGAGGGCCUUUGACUCUGUCUAUGGCGAUGAGACUAUAGCCAAGAAAAAGAAAUCGGCAUCUGAGCUUGCUGCUGAGCGUGAGACAAAUUUGGGUCAUCUGGUCAGAGCCUUGGAUUUGCUUUUCGAGUCUUGGUCUAAUCUCGACUCUUCUGAUCUGGACAAGCGGGCCUGGAGCUGGUAUGUCAAGGUACGGCCACAGGUUGAAGCGGGGCGGGCUGGUUGGGGAGCGAAAGGUCAAGUCAAGCUUGAUGAUAUCUUGCAAUUGAGAAGACCGUAA